AUUAUUUACAUUACUUUCCUUAAAUCGUUUAAUGUUAAAGCCAAUUACAAUCGAAGUUUCAAGUCCUGCUGACGAAUCUUCCGUGAGCGGACGAGACGGUGCUUUUACCCCACUUCGCACUGCUGUCUGAAAGAUGGCGACUCACAGUACCAUCGCAGAUCUGCUGCCGGUCCAAAGCCAGCUGGACUACGCCUUGGAGGAUGCCAUAUCCCCAGAGGAACAAAUGGAGCUUGUGCUUCAGUAUCUGGAAAAAAUCGACGACAGUGAAAAGGACCUGACAAUCCCCGACUUUGAAGAAGGCGAGUGUAGUGAGGCGGGCCUGGAGUGGCUGAACACGAAGGGUACUCUCUCCCUGGCUACAGACCUUGUUGGGAAAGUGGUGGUGCUCGAUUUCUUCACCUUCUGCUGCAUCAACUGCAUGCAUCUGCUGCCGGACCUGCAGGAGCUGGAGCGGCGCCACCCUGUGGAAGACGGCCUGCUGGUGGUGGGUGUCCACUCUGCGAAGUUCCCGCACGAGCGAGAAGCGGCCAGCGUGCGGAGUGCCGUACUGCGACACGCUAUCGGCCACCCCGUCGUGAACGACGCGCAUGCCUGCCUCUGGCAGGCCCUUGAGGUGUCCUGCUGGCCCACCCUGGUGCUGCUCGGCCCACGAGGAAACCUGCUCUUCUCCCUGGUGGGCGAGGGACACCGCGACCGCCUCUUCCUGUUCGCCCAGGCCUCUCUGCGACACUAUGGCCAAGCUGGGCAGCUGCGGCCUGGCGCCGCCCUGCAGGAGAAACUAUGCCGGGACAGCACUCCCCCCUCUGCUCUGGCCUUCCCAGGGAAGGUGGCGACGGACCGUGAGGGGCGACGGCUGGCGGUGGCAGACACCGGGCACCACAGGGUCCUCGUUCUCUCCAGCCAAGGAUACGUGCUUCACUCUGUGGGGGGGCCGGUGAGCGGGUGGAGAGACGGGGAUGCGGCGGAGGCCUUGUUCAGCUCCCCCCAGGGCGUCGCCUUUAAGGGAGACGUGGUCUUCGUCGCUGACACCGAGAAUCACCUCAUCAGGAAGAUCGAUCUUCUGGAGGGGAAGGUUAGCACUCUGGCUGGUGUGGGGGUGCAGGGCACAGACAAGGAGGGGGGGGGCUUCGGCCCCCAGCAGCCUAUCAGCUCGCCCUGGGAUCUGGCCCUGGGCAGUGCUGGUGGCCCGGAAGAUGGAGUCCUCUGGAUCGCAAUGGCCGGCACACACCAGCUGUGGGCGCUGUUCCUGGAGGACGGGAAGCUGCCAAAAGGCAGGGAAUGCCCCAAGGGCACGUGCGUGCGGUUUGCCGGCAGCGGCAGCGAGGAGAACCGCAACAACGCCUAUCCCCACAAGGCGGGCUUCGCACAGCCCUCGGGCCUGGCUGCUGAGCCAGACGCGCCCUGGGCCUGCCUGUUUGUAGCCGACAGCGAGAGCAGCACCGUCCGCACCGUGUCCACUGUGGAUGGGGCCGUCAGGAACCUGGUCGGGGGCGAGAGGGACCCACUGAAUCUCUUUGCUUUCGGAGACGUGGACGGCGCUGGGGUCAGCGCCAAGCUGCAGCACCCGCUGGCCGUGGCCUGGAGCCGUCAGAAGCAGCUGCUGUACGUCGCCGACUCCUACAACCACAAGAUCAAGGUGGUGGAUCCUAGGACCAAGCAGUGCAGGGUGCUGGCCGGCAGUGGGGAGGCGGCAGGAGCCCUGGGGCCCUUCAGCGCGGCCGGCUUCAGUGAGCCGGGGGGGCUGUGUCUGGGGGCCGACGGGGAGGUGCUCUACGUGGCCGACACUAACAACCACCAGAUCAAGGUCCUGCACCUGGAGAGUGACGUGGUGUCACUGCUGCCCAUCUCUGUGGAGGAGGACGUCACGGAUACCAUAGCCCCUACUGCCCCCAGGAAGGCCCCCCCGCUCCCCAGAUCUGCCCCCAAAGUGGAGAUGCCCCCACUGAGUGUGCCUCCUGGAAUAAGGAUAACUCUGCGGCUCCAGCUCUCGCUGCCAGCCGGGACCAGGCUGACCCCGGAGGCCCCCAGCUUCUGGGCCCUGUCUGCAGAUGGGGAGGAGUGGCUCCUGCAGGACCAGCGUGUGAGCGGUGACAUCACAGACAUGUCUGAGCUUCCGUCUGUCACGGUGCUUGUCCCGGCAAUGGCUCCACAGGCUACGCCCACUCUGGUGCUGGACGCGUGGCUAUGUUUCUGUGGUGUGGGGGGCAUGUGCAUGAUGAGAGCAGUGUCGUUCCAGCAGCCGCUGAGCGUUGCCGGUGAGCCGUGCGACGCCACCGUGGAGGUUACGCUGCCCCACGCCUUCUGAAGGUCUUGCCUCCCUGGCUUCCAUUUCCUCAGACUGCUGAUGGGCUGCUGUGGCCCCCCCCAUCUUCCCGGGUCCUCACUCAUAUGCUCAUCCUCUUCUGCCGCCUCCGGCCACGGGCGUCUCCUCGGCGCACCCUAACCCGGCAGCGGCACAACCAAGUGCCUGUUGCGGACCUGGUCCCUCCCAAAUCAAUGCUGCAGCUGGUGAUGUUUUAUCACGAGAUUUUAAUUCUCCGCAGAGCUCCGGCGCCGCGCCGCCAUGCCGAGCGGGAGCCCCCCGCGCCGCCAUGCCGCCAUGCCGAGCGGGAGCCCCCCGGCGCCGCCAUGCCGAGCGGGAGCCCCCCGGCGCCGCGCCGCCAUGCCGAGCUUAACAUCUCCUUCAGAGGAGCACAUAAAACAUGACAUCACAAGUGCAUUUAACUUGUACUUACUGCUUAUGUGAAAAUAACUGACUAAAUGCUUUAUUGGGACCUAAUCACAUGAAUAUUGAGUUAGAGUAUAGCUGUCCUGCUCUCUGGCCCCUUUGAGUGCCGCCCUGCUGGCCAAUCUGGGUAGCUGCGCUCACAUCAUUCUGUCACACCCAUGUCUUCUGUGUCAAAAAUCCCGGUGAAUCUCAGAAUGCCACAUGGGGCCGAUUCCCCAGAUCCCCCCCGCACCCGCAUCGCCAUGGCUGAGUCUCUGGGUGCAUCAAAGACAAGGAUGGUUCUGGGGGGUGCAGGCCUGCUGCUGCGGUGUGGACCCGGCCGGGCCGGGUCCUGGCAGGGGUCUGCUCCGGGCUCCGCCCCCUCUGCCAGCUGGUUUUAGCCAGUUCCUACAGGAGUCCCUUCCUUCGAUUAAAAGGCGGGUGUGGCCCAGUCUGCCGAUGUCACAGAAGCGGGACCCUGUCAGCUGACGGGCUUCACACAUGUGACUUUUUGUGAGCAUAUGAAGGUUGUAAUAAAACAUUUGGUCAGAG